UUUGAAAAAGAUUAUAAAGAUAUAGUAUUGUAUUUCUCCAAGAAUAAUUAAGAAAACGAAGAAACAUGGACUUGCUGUAUACCGUCAACAGGAGGAGUUCUUCCAAAUUUUUUUCCAAUCAAGAAUGUUUAUACAAUGGACAAUCGUUGUGUUCCUUAUCCAGUCGAAAUAUAGUGGCGUUUACUACAAUGACAGAGUUAGAUGACAGCAAUGGCAAGACACGGGGUUGCCAUGUUUAUGUAACAGAUUUAAAUAUGCCAUGGCAUGCUCAUAAAGUACUUUCAAAUAAACACAACAUUACUGCAUUAGAAUGGGAUCUGCCUGGUGACAAAUUGGUAAUGGCUGAUACAGCUGGAAAUGUACAGUUAUGGAUGUUCAAGGAUCAUAUUUUGAAUGAUUGGGUAUUAAUAGGUUCUUCAUAUUUCCCUGGUGAGCACAUACUAGGUGCAGCAUGGUUUCACAAUGGCAAAAAGACAGGCUUAGUAACAGAAAAGAAAGAUAGUAUCCAUUAUAGCGAGAAAUUUAAUCACCUACUGUUCGCACCUUCCGUGAGGCAAUUCGGCGGAAGAGCCGCCGAAGGCGUGCUGGUGGUAUCGACGACGGGCAUGGUUGGUGCAAUCAUGAUCACUAAGGAUCUUCAAAAUCCGAUUUGCUAUUCGACAGAGAGUCUAGGCAACACGAGACACAGGAUAACCGCGGUCGAUUUGUGCUAUGGAAAAAACGGCCACUUUCUCGUUGCGGUUAGUAGCGGUAGCAUCUGCUUGCCUAUAAGAUGUUUUAGAGUACUAGUGCGCAAGAAUGAUGAUAAGUGCACCAUUACCUCGCAAGCUUUACCGAGUUUUUUUCUGCAAGAUGGGGCACCUAAAGAUAAUUCAUGUACAGUUGUAACUCAUUUAAAGUUCGUGGUCAGAGAAGAUGCCGAUUCUCUGGUUAUUGCGGCAAACAGUGAGAGCGGUGGAUUUGUUGAGGUGUGGGAGUUGCGGGAGAAGUCGCAACCGGUUCACAAAUUAUUUCAGCCAAAGACAUUAGAACCUUUCAAGACGGUCGUUUGGCAAUAUCAGUCGCAGUAUCGUUGCCAGUCACCGGUCACAGCGAUAGCCACUACAAAACUAUCCAUAGUGACAACUUUACCGCCUCCCAGUUAUGUAAUAAUAGCAUUAGCGGACUCGUCGGUGCAUUGCCUAAAUCGUUUGGACUGUUUGAAGGAAGUGGCAUUCUCAUCCCUGAAUACAAGCUGGCGUCCAGAUGAGCCUAGCAACAAAUACUUCAAGAAUUCUGUAUCUAUCGCCCAUAUGGAUCUUUCAUGGCUAGGAUGUGUACUUCUUGCGUGCGACACUCAGGGCAAUAUGUAUCUCUAUAAAUUGUUGCCAGACGGUACCACAGGUACGUCGAUGUCGCUAAGCUAUGCCUGUACAUUACUCGAGUAUUGCUUGGUGACUGGAUUGGAUUGGUUGGACAUACUUUUAUGUCUGAGAUCGUCCACGAUUGAAGCAUUAUGUGAACGAUUAGACGUUUCCUUUAAUAGACAAUUACAAUCUACACAGCAAUAUCAUUACAUCCUAUUUUUAUCCAUCAAGACAUCGCUGUAUAGAAUGCUCGUAACAGGACAGAACAAGGCGGCGGAUUUGUCAUCGUUACUGAUGAUACAUUCAGUAGCUACUGCCUUCAAAUCUUUACUGAGACCAUCGGACCUGAUAUCCCAUGACAAAGGACCAGCGGAAAGUUUAGCCGCAGUGAUAACUGAUGUCAUUACUGAUGUUGAUAAGGUGUUGCUGCAUCUCGAUCCGAAAGAGUUUACGGUAGAACCGAGCACGUUGCAAUCGUUGCAGCAACUUAUUCAAUGGGUUGCUGACUUAGCUUUGAAUUUGCUGGCCAGAUUACCUGAGCAGAGGAUGCAAGUGAAGACUGGUGGGUAUGAGCUUCUUAAGGAUCACAAGGCCUUGAAUACCGUUCGGGAGCUGUUGGUUAUCAUACGCAUAUGGGGAUUACUUCGCCCGUCGUGUCUCCCAGUGUUUCUUCGCAGCGCAGACAACCUGGAUGUUUUAGCCUUACUAUUUUGCCUGUUAUCAAAAUUGGUACAACCUAACGGAGAUACGCAGCAACAGGUGGACGAUGGUUUGAUUGAUGAAUGCUGCCUGCUGCCAAAUCAGAUCAUGAUUCCACAAUUACAUCAAGGCAACAGUAUCACCGCUAUAGUCUCCCCGAUUUUGUUUUAUCAGAACCUUCCAUUACAGCUGGAAUAUGGAGUGGAACCUGAACAGUUGGUUUUUACGCCUGAAAUGAAUCCCGUUGAAGGUUGUAUGCACAGCGGACAGAUCGUGGACACGAUACGACAUUUGUAUUUAGGAAGGCAGCCGCUUUUGGUGAAGCAGUGCACGAGGUGCGGCGGUAAAGCGCAGGUACAGAACAUGACGAGGACAGCUGCGAUCAGAGCCUGGGAUCAACGAUGGACACGUGCUUGCCGAUGCGGAGGUAUUUGGCGAAUUCACAAAGCCUCACAAUAAAGGGCACUUAGGAAUUUUUGUAAAAAGUUUAUUUUGUCUGUUAUAAACCGUGAUACUGUAAUUUUUUGGAGAUCUAUAUAAAAGUAGAUAAGAAAUCUAUAAUAUAAGAAGCGCCCAGUUUUAUAAGGGAAUUUUGGUCCCAGAUGAACUGCCCGUAUCAAAGGCUGGUUUAUCCCUAUUGAUAUAUUCGCUGCUUGUCCAUCUUCCCCUCCAGGGCGAACUCCAGAGGCAUCGCCGUCAUUACAAGCAAAUCCAAAUUCUGUGACCAGGGAUCUUAGUCGAUUAAUGAACUGUACCAAAUACAUACAUAUUAUUUCAACUGUCUUUUGUACAAUCCGCUGUCACUGUGGGGAAGUGCCCUGGACGCAGAGAAAUUGGAUAAGACUAGUGGUACGCGAUCAUAAUAGCGAACAUUGAACAGCACUCAAGGAAUUCAUUUUACAAAGUUAUGCAUAUUAUGGAAUCCUUUUUUUUAUGCUCUAGCUAAUCCUAGCUAAGUCUCAAUGCUGUUCAGCCCAAACUGGGCAUAGUAAUAUGAAAGAAGAUAAACUAUCGAGAGACAUACAUAAAUAUAAAAAGGUAACUAAGAGCUAAAUACUGCGUGUAUUCAAAUGAUCUACU